ACCAUGAAUAAAACUAAGCAAAAUAAGAGAGCCUACCAACAAAUCGACCUCUGGAAGAGGAAGGAACUCAUUGAUAGCGUCAAUAGAAAGGAAGAGACUAUGAAGGAGUGUGCCCAAAGACUCGGCAUCAAUUACUGCACUGCUAAGCAUAUCAUGAAGGUAUACAGGAGAUCUGGCUCAUAUGAGACUGAUCUCAUGAGAAAGAAGAAGCAAAAAGAGCAAACUCUUAAGGAAAGAGUUCUAGGAGAGUUCAACUUUGCUCAAAUAGAUGCUUCUCAGCAAAAACUUAUGCUCCAAGCAAAAGCUGAUGACAAUAAUAGCCAUGAUAGUACUAGAAAUCAUCAUGAUGAGCAUGUUCAAAGCCCAAAGCCGAUGUAUAACUGAGGGUUUGUGGGUCAACAAAUGACUCAACCUGAUUUAUACAUGCCAGUUCAGACAUUAAUGAAUCAGAACUAUCAGAAUCAGCUCAACUUCUGCACUGAUUUAAACCAUCUCUGAAGCUGCUUGGGAGAAAGAAUCUUUCAAAAGUUUAGCUUCUAAGCCCUAACUUAUUGUCUAUUAAUAAUCGUUUCAUAUAA